CCCCAUUGUCUCGAAAAAAAAAUCAUCCUAAGAACUAACCUAAACCUAAAGAGGGACAGAAGAGAGAUAUGGAGUGGAGAUCAUGCUAUUUGGACAUGGUUUUAGUGCCGCUAAGCUUAGCAAUGAGCUUAGCUUAUCAUUGGUGGCUAUGGCGUAAGGUUCGGUCUCAACCGCUCACAACCAUCAUCGGAACCAAUGCCCGUGGUCGACGCUUCUGGGCCUUUGCUAUCAUGAAGGACAACGAGAAAAAGAAUAUCCUAGCAGUCCAAACGCUACGAAACACCAUAAUGGGAUCAACCCUAAUGGCCACAACCUCCAUCCUUCUUUGCGCCGGUCUAGCUGCCGUCAUCAGCAGCACAUACAGUAUCAAACGACCGCUCAACGAUUCCAUCUUCGGAGCUCAUGGCGAGUUCAUGGUGUCUCUCAAAUACGUCACCAUCUUAUCCUUCUUUCUCUUCUCUUUCUUUUGUUACUCUUUUUCGAUCCGAUUUAUUAACCAAGUUAAUGUCCUUAUCAACUCUCCCCAAGACCCGGCUUCUGUCAUCACUCCCAUGUACGUAUCGGAGUUGCUCGAGAAAGCGUUCAUCUUGAACACUGUCGGCAACCGGCUUUUCUACACCGCACUUCCGCUACUACUUUGGAUCUUCGGGCCCUUGCUUGUUUUCCUUUGCUCUUUUACUUUGAUCCCUGUGCUUUACAAUCUUGAUCUUGUAUUAGGGUUUAAAAAGCAAGGGAAAACUGAAUCUCAAAUCAAUGGAUGUGGGGAUUGUGAAUCAGUGUAAUACUGUAUAAUUUGUUGUAAUCUUUCUUACAUAAUGUUAAAUUAGUAACGUAGAAUUAACAGACCAA